AUAUACUGCCUCGUCAUACAUUCUCCUCUCCCUCUCUCUCUCUCUCUCAAAAACAAACCAAAGAAAUCAACCAGUUUCAUCUUUCAAACCAUCCAAAAUGAAGCCAACAACAGCCCUCUUCCUAACUCUCUCUCUCAUCGCCGGCACCACAUUCGCCGAGAAGACAUGCACACCCAGCUUCGACUACUGCGCCGAUGAACUAAUUGACUCAAAGGGUUUCACAAAAGAUGACCUCAAAUCCUCCCUCAAGGGCUCCGAGUACGAGGACGCAGACCCGAUGAGUAUUCUGUACCACUGCACGAACCCGGGGGCAAUUGGACACCCGAAGCUCUGUAAGGAUGGGUGUAAGGGUUCGGGGUCUGAAGGAAGCAAGAGUUGCUAGAUGGCCUUUACUUUUUUGGAGUGUAAUCUUGGUUGAGGAGGUGUGGCCAUUCCGGCUGGAGUGGGUUGUAUCUACUAUACGUUUACUUGUCACUGCUAGCAUGGUUAGGAAUUGGUCUUCAUUUUCCAGCUUUUAGGGUUUCCAGGGCCCCGAUGUUGUCCAUGAUAUGGCCCUCUCUGACGAGGGUUUAGAUGCAUAAAUAAGUAUAACCUCGCUGCCAGGCUAUAAGUAUAGACCUGGGUUACGGAUAGCAGACCAGGAAUGUGGGCGAUGGAAUGAGUUAGGGCUGAGAUGGAUCCUAGAUUCUCCUCCAAUAUGGAUGAUUAAUGAAC